AUGACCGAGAGACGACACGAAGAAAAAAAAAAUAUUCGCGGUAAUUCGCUGUCCGUUUCUCUAAACAGUUGGCAGAAUUUGUCGUACAUACGUAUGUGGUGUGCGGUGUAGUUUUCGUCGACGGCGUUCGUUCUCGGGAAGGAGGUACGUAACUCGUACGUUCGGGGCUUGAUUACGAGGAUAAGGACGCGAGAGGCGAGACGAGACGAGGCGUUGCGAGGCGUCCCGGACCGCUUUUGAUUCCGAUUCCGCUCGAGUUCCAAGACCCUCCCCGAACUCGGCGGACAACGCGGGUUUUUUUCACUCCUCCCUCCCCCGCCUCCCGCGAGAGGCGACUCCGCGGAGUCUUUGCACCAGCGGUUGCGACACAAACACAGAGAUUGCGGAGUCGAGGAGGUUAAGGGGACGGCACGAGCGGGAGGACGCGCCGUCCAUCACCAUGAAGCUCGUCGACCACGUGGUGAGGAGCUUCAAGGUGGCCAAGAUCUUCCGCGAGAACUCGGAUCGGAUAAACAGCAUCGACUUCUCGCCCAACGGCGACACCCUGAUCUCAUGUUCGGAGGACGAUCAGAUCGUGAUAUACGACUGCGAGAAGGGGACGCAGGUGCGAACCGUCAACUCUAAGAAGUACGGCGUCGAUCUGAUACACUUCACCCACGCCAAGAACACCGCGAUUCACAGCAGCACCAAGGUCGACGACACGAUCCGUUACCUCAGUCUACACGAUAACAAGUACAUACGAUACUUUCCAGGUCACUCGAAAAAGGUAGUAUCUCUAUGUAUCAGUCCUAUCGAGGAUACUUUUCUCUCCGGUUCCUUAGACAAGUCACUAAGAUUGUGGGACCUGCGCUCACCGAACUGUCACGGAGUUAUGAACGUCUCAGGCCGGCCGGUCGCGGCCUACGAUCCCGAAGGUCUUAUCUUCGCAGCGGGAGUCAAUUCCGAGAGCAUCAAACUGUAUGAUCUACGCAGCUUCGACAAGGGACCCUUUGUCACCUUCAAGCUCUCUCAGGAGAAGGAAUGCGAUUGGACAGGAUUGAAAUUCAGCAGGGACGGCAAGACCAUUUUGAUUUCUACCAACGGUAGUACGAUUCGUUUAAUCGAUGCUUUUCAUGGUACACCCUUACAGACUUUUGCCGGAUACCUCAACAACAAGGGAAUCGCCAUAGAGGCCAGUUUUAGUCCGGAUUCGCAAUUUGUGUUUAGUGGAUCUACAGAUGGUAGGGUGCACGUGUGGAACGCAGAGACCGGUUACAAAGUUUGCGUGCUGAACGGUGAUCAUCCGGCGCCAGUGCAGUGUAUCCAAUUCAAUCCCAAAUACAUGAUGCUAGCAUCGGCGUGCACCAACAUGGCUUUCUGGUUACCUACUGUCGAUGAAAGUGCAUAAGACUAUUAAUUUAUAAGAAAUACUGAGCAACAUUAAGAAGUAUCGCUCGUAUAUAAUUUGUGCAAAAGAGAAGGAAAGAGAGAGAGAGAGAAAAGAGAGAGAGAGAGAGAGAGACAGACAGAAGAGUGAGAGAAAAGAGCCAGAGAGAAUAACAGCUAAUUAGAGACAGCAGAAAUAUAAACAACUUGGUUGAGCAAAUAUAUUUAUGUUGCAUGUUUAUUGCGUGUACAGAAAUAAGUAAUUAUUGUAUGGCACACUAAUUUCAGAAACGUAUCCGAAAGAGCGAACGGCAAAUCGCGUGAGAAUCGCUGGAUCGUCGCUCGCUCGUUUGCUCGCGUUUCAACAAGAUCCAUAUAAUGGAAUAUCGUCUUUUUCAUCUAUCACCAUCAUCAUCGUUGUUUUCAUUAUUACAAUCUACAAGCUAGCGAUAUAAAAAAAUUGCAAAUUCCAUGAUUCCAUCUUAUAUUAAAAGUUUCAAAUAUGUCUCAUAUAUGUACAUAGCUUCUUCCGGUAUAUUUAUAUGUAAUGUUUGACGGGACGAAAUUUAUUAUACACUGAAAGAAGUAAUUUUUGGAUUUUGCGUAUUUUGUGUCCGUUUCCAAGCCAAUUACCUUAUAUUAAAUUACACGAUAUCGCCGAUAAUUCAUUCAUCGAAUAUUCAGGAAUAUUCAGCGCAAUUGUUACAUUACAUUACUGUUACAUGUCUAAUAUUUUACAUUUUUUAUAACUCUGGUCUCACAUACAUUGUCUUGGAAACAGGAUUAGAAUGAUUAAGAGUAAUUAAAAAUUAUAAAAGAGCGUGUGCGAAUGAUUACCAAAUAAUCAUUCAGAACCUGUGAUUAAUUACGAUUUUUCGAUUAAUCUGAUUCGCAUGGCCGUAUAUAGGAUAAGGCUGAUUUUUACGCUGAUUCUACGAAAUCGUAAAGGAAUGUCACUGUCGCGACAUAUAAUGUGGCAUUAAUAACUUGUUUAUUUGGACAUAAGUGAUCAGUUGCAAUCUUACAAUUAGUCACUUUCGAUUUUUUUCUCUCCAUCAUUCGCGUCUUCACGUGUUUAAUAUUACGUAUAUAAAAGCGUACGUAUAGGUCAUUAAUAAUAUAUCGAGACGUAACUAUUAUGUGAAACGAAGAUUUAGAAUCAUGUGGACAUUUUUAGCUUUAAAUGUAUGGUGAGGCAUAGAAUACCGUCUGUUGAAAAGUCCAUGUAAACGUAUGACAGAUGUCGAACAUCUUUCUCGCUUCUGUAUACGGCUAUGUCUAAUCGUUGUAUGUAGAUUGUCAGUAAUACAUCCUGUAUACAUAUACACACACAUAGCGAAAGCGAGUCGAAAAUGUGUUUAUCAUAUAUCUGACGGAUUCCAGGCAUCAAUAAUCGAAAGUGACAAAAGGAAGAGAUGAAUAAUGGAAAAAGAUACCGUUGUAUUUUUAACUACAUUGCCUUCGAGAAAAUGAAACAACCAUUUCAAGAACAAUCUGAGCAAUGUUCCUCUCGUAUGUUUCCAUCUGUAAAUGGAAGCGAUGGUGAUGAUCCGAUGAUAGUAUUUGAUCAUCAUCAUCGCCAUUUAUUAUCAUCAAAAUUCCCGAAAUCUAGAUAUGCGACGUACGAUAGAACGCUCGACCUUAUUUAUUUUGCACGAUAAUAAAUCCGUUUAUAUAAUGUCGACAUAACUGGAUGAUAAUGAGACACGGAAAAAGAAAAAAAAUGAAGUAAAAAGAAAAAAAGUCACAUUGCGAAUUUUUACGAAUCAUCGCGCGACAAAUAAAACUCUAUUGCGAUGUAUAUCUGUUGUGGACACGUAUAUAAACAAUUGUGAACAACAGAUUCUCGCGUUCGCAAAUUAUUGUAGAUACGGUAAUCGUUUUUAAUCUACAUGCGUGGAACCGGCGGGCCGGGUAAGAAUUUACAUGUCGAUGUCUCGUAGGAAUAAGAAUGCAAGUUUUCUUUUUCCUUGAGAUGUAAUUGAAUAUCUCAUUUGGACGUACAUGUUAUAUUCCGCCUCCGCGAAAAGCGAAGCGGAUGAAUGGGCGAACGUCGUCAUUCAGCUUUGUUCUCUUGUCAGAAAAAUGAGAAAGAAAUUUCUAUCGCGCUGCUUGUUAGAUGCACGAUUAUUCGAAACUGCACAAUAGCAAAUCUGUUUACUUGUAUACUGUAUAAUGCCGUAAAUGCCGUUUAUCUUUGUUUUCGCGCGGAAAUUUUUGCAAUCUCUGGAUCUUUACUUUUCGCAUUUUUGCCAGUCAAAAGAUACGUUUCCUCUCGACCGAUCUGCUCGAUUUAUACAUAUAUAUAUGUAUAUUCGAUUGUCCGCUCCUGCCUCCAUUCUUAUGUAUAUAAUAUACAAUAGUAUUCACACACAAACACACACACACAUACAUAUAUUUCUUGUAGAGUUUCUACACAUCUUCUGCGCGCGUUUAACAUGUUUUGUGCAAGAGCAUGUAUGAUUAAUGAUAUUUUAUUCGACAGAGGCAUGUGUUUCUGUGUGUAUGAAUGAGCGAGCGAAUUAUAUGAACGAUUAUAUGAUGCGUGUUCUCCGUGCAAAUGAUUGUAUGUGUUUUUUGUAUACGUAUUUGCAUAUGUGUGCAAGUUCAUGCGAGGGUAUGCGAUCUGUAUGGGCGAGAGCUUGUCUCCUGCGCUGUAAAAUAGUAUUUUUUUAUAACAUGACGACACGGUGGCGCGUAAAAAAUCGUAUCGAUAGGGGCGAAUUUGCGCGAGAUGGAAUCUCUCGCGUACACUUCUUGAGAGGAAAAAUUGUCGGAAAGAGAUGCGCAUAAAGACUUCGAUCCUUUAGUCGGUACGGUAUCCGAUUUCCAAAUUUUCAAACUCCGCAUAUUUUACGCGAGUGCCGCAAAUUUAAAUAUUCGAAAUUAAACUUUACAUGAAAAAAAUUGUCUUUGAUGUAUAUAUGUGUGUAUGUUACCUCCAUCGCCUUCAUACUUAAUCUUUAAUGCUAAUAAUAUCUAUAAACAGAUGCAUUAAAUUAUAAACAUUUAUUAUAUUAUAAUUUUAAAACGAGGGAUAGAGCGUAAUGCGAAUAUAUAUGCUUAUGAGGGACACAAUAUCACGUUACAUACUAAAUUCUCUUUCAUUAAAUAUACUAUAUAAUUACGAUUGGCGAUUGAUUAUUCAUAGCUGCUUUUUAUUCAACGAGUGACGCAUUGGAAUUAAUAGAUAUUGUUUAUGAAUUUCAACGCGCCUUUCGUUGAGCAAAAAUAUGUCUAUCUUUAAAUUACUCGUCAGUUUUCGAUGAAGAUGUGAUAUUUUGUAUCUCUUUUUUUUUUUUAAAUUAUGGACGCUGUGCGACGAAAGGAUCGAAGAUUGAUGUCGCAUCAUCUCGUAUCGCUACGAACGAUCCACGUAUUUAGAUUAAACACACAAUUCGACGCACGUCAUACUGCCAACCAACCGAGCGAGUGUCCGAUCGCGGGCCCGCGCCUUCAAUUUCGUUCGAUGCCGAAUUUUUGAGAGCCCUUCGAAAUCGAGCGAUCGACUGUGCUACUAUUACUACUAUUAUUACACUAUGUUAAGCGUGUAAAUCGCGGAUUCUCGAAGUCCUAUCCGCGAUCGGCGAAUUAACAGUGAUCGACCACCCCGACCGACAACCUGUAGAAGACCUAUAGACCUGUAGACGCGCGAAAAUACGAAGAACUGUGUGUUCCCUUCUUCAGGAUAAAAACGGAUACGCAUAAUGAUAAAUUGUAUAUACCCAGAAAAAAAAAAAGGAGACGAAAUACAGUCGACGCGCGAACUACUUGUGUUUCGUACAAAAGUAGCUUAUCGUUUACGAGGAGUCGUCUAUGAAACAUCGUUUCGUGUAUAUAGCCAAAUGAAGCCAAGCCUCUGUAGUUUCUUACAUGUCGCAAUCGAUAUCUUUUCUACCGAAUAAAUUCGCGAUAGGUCUCAAGAUGAUUCGUGAUUUUUGGCGAAACCAAAAUAUCGCGAUGCAUAGGAUGAUCAUCUCACGUGAUAUAUAGAACCUAUCGCUGUAUAAGACAGUGUAUCCGUGUUCAAUUUAAAGAGCUUGAUUGUGUUUCGAAUUGCGACGCGUUUAACGUGCGCUAUAAUAACGUGAUUAUACGCCCCUCCGAGAUCGUCGGUUCAGUACGGCCAUUUAACAUAGGGAUUUAGAGUCUGGAUUUAAUUUAAGAUAAAUGUAAAUCUAGUGCAAGUGAUGAGUAAAGCGAGACUUUUGAAAUCCGAGGAAGGUCAUUUGUAAAUUUCCAAUACGCUUCGAAAGACAUGUGAUGGUUCUCCCGAGUCGAAUAAUAAUGACUCUUUACUGUAAUCGCUUGCAUUCGAAAAGCACACGAUGUAUCUUGUAAUGAAGAAACAAAAACAUUCAGUUUCGUGAUUUUUCUAAGUUCCUACGUUAAGUCUUCGUAUGAAUUGUUUUCGAUAGUCAAGUAGAUGGAACGCGAAAAGGCCACCCUCCCCGCGCUCGUUGUUGAUCUCGACUCUCAACGAGUUCAGCGCGAUCGGUAUCGGAAGGGCUUCGUGCCGAUCGUCGCAAGUUGCCGUGUGCGUUUUAGAGUACUAGAAACGUAUAACGACGCGUUGUAAUUGGAGCGAUUCGAAUAAUCACGCACUACAAUAACUAACGAAACGAUAUGUAUGUGUGUAUUUUCGUCUAUUGAAAGCAUAUACGAGAAGUUAAAGAGCACAUAGA